CGACAAUUACCCGCACUUUUCGAAUUUAUCUUGUUUACUUUCUCUUCCUCCAGCCAUUUAUUGUUGCCGGGCAGCAGCUUAGAAACAUUGACGUUCCAUACCCUCCAUUUGAACAAUCCCAGUGAGAUUACUCAUUUUUAUGUUGGGGACCCACCUCCUGACGCUCCGGCUACACCCAUAAGACUAGGGGGGCUUCUUGGCUUUUAGUUUGAUCCUCUAAACUAGUAGCUCAGGGAACAUCAACAUAUGGCGGG